CAUGACAGUCUCUUUAGCUCGGGGUUGUGCGAUUCAUGGGCUCGAGCAAACGGACGUUGAGGGCAAGGCCUGAGCGUGCUGGAGGCGGGUGUGCGAGCGACCGCGCCGUCGAGUGGUGGCUGUGAGGUAAAAAUAUGAGUCAAUGGAUGGUGGUUUUCAGCAAGCUGAGCCGUCGCCAUAACCGCCUGACUCGUCGGUUGGGAUGAAUCUUCCAGAAGGAGAAAACUUUAUAUUUUGGAACAAAGAUACCUUCAGCGGAGAUGUUGAAGAAUUUAUUCACAGCAAUCAAAAUAACAAUCAACUGACUGCGUCAAUGGUCAGCAAUGUCACGAUAAGAAUGGAUACUUAGCUUUCAAAGAAAAUAUGAAUAUCUUUUGUGGCACUGUUUAAAAACAAAAUGACAAAACAAGAAUAUUCAAUUGAACAGACUUCUACUUUUGAUUGUAAAUUACAUGCUAACGUGAAAUGUGCUUGCAAGCAGGAAAUAAAUGUGUAUAAUAUUGCACCAUGAUAGUGAAAGGAAACACUGGUUUUCCAACAAGUAAUCAGAACUGGAUCAUUUGUAAAGGAUACCAUUAAUGUUAUUCACACUUGUGGGCUGCCAAUGCUGAUGAAUUGAGAAUAAAAUAUUUUGGUCAUACAUAACCUUAUGAAAAUAUUUCAGAAAUAACUAAGGGAAUGGAGUUGUCUGAAGAUUACUUUCUUGUUACAUCUGACAAAGCACAGGAUAGUUCAUCUAAACAGAUUAAUCUAGAUAAGUCAUCUGAAGCUGGGAUAAAACUAGAAUUAAAUAGAAAACCAAUAAUAGAAAGUGAUAAAAUAUUGUGCAUGUGGUGUGGAUAUUAUGCAUUUAACAAGCAGUGCUUUGAAGAUCAUACAAAGGAGCAGCACAGCCACUUUAAAUUAAGUAAAGAAAUCUCAGCCUCUUCAAAAGGGCUGCAGUGCUUUGGAACAAGAAACAGUUGCUUGAAUUCUCAAAUUAAUUCAUCCAACAACGAGUCUCUGAAAAUAAAGGCAAUUGUGAAGAAAAUAAAGACAGUUAGAUCUGAGUAUCAACACAGUGUCAGAAAAAAUAUUUCAAGUAUCACUGGAAAAUGUGAUGGUUACAAGUCUUCAAAGAACAUGCCAGAGGAAUCUAUAACCCAACUUACAUUUGGACAAAGAAACCCAAACAAAAUGUUAAAAUAUGAAAAACAAACUUUGCUCUAUAUAAAACGACUAUGUUUAUUUCAUUGUAUUCUUUGUCGAUUUCACACUUUGUUCCAUAAUUGCAUCCUGCGUCAUGUUAGAAAUGUCCAUUUUAACCCCAGUGGAAAGCGAAAACUUAAAAGCAGUGUUCGUUUUUCCAAAGGUUUAAGAGCACUAAAGCUUUGUAAUAAGCGAUGCAUGUCAAAAAAAUUAUCAUCGAACAGCUACAUAUUAUCAUCGGUAGGAAAUGAUUUCACUGUAAAUACACCAGAUAUGAGCAUAAAAAAUGAAAAUAAAAAUUUGGCAUCCUCCAUCGCAGAACCAUUUGUUUACAGUAGUAAGUUGGAUAAUAAUGAAUCAAGUAGUUAUUUAAGUAAGGAGGACAUUGACCGAAAUUGUGAGACAUCUUUGUUGCUUCAGAUUAAUGAUCAGAUGCAAUUUUCAGUACCUUGUUUCGGUUAUUCAGAUAUUAAUGCAGUUCCAGAAAUGGCUCGAGAUUUUAUUGGUACACCUUUAUACUUUUCAACCAUAAUGACUCCUAAGAAGAAGACCAAUGAAAAUGACUUGUACUGUGUUAAUCCAGCUUCUAGUAAAUGUCUGGCUUUGGAAGACAUAGUGAAAAAUCUGAAAAAACGCAGGAUACUGCCAAUCAAACGCAUGCCUGUAGUAUCCCUGCUAAAUGAUCGAAGUGCGAGGCGUAAACAAACUAUUCCAUAUUGUAGAACAACAGAGGAACAACAGGCUAAGUGGAUGCUGGAGGCCUAUAGCUUCUUAAACCAACAGAAGAUUGAAAAAGCGGUGGAGUUUCCCAUGUAUGGUGACAAUUGUUUCAUUGACACAGUAGCUGAAAUUGAAGUUGUGUUAUCUGAUACAGAUGAUAAUGUUAAAAGGGCAAAUUUAAAUGCUUGCAAAAUUUAUAAUUUGGGUGAACAGUUAACAAAAUCAGUAGAUGAGAGCAAGAUGUAUUCUACAUCAAGUAAUAAAAGAAAACUAGGAAAUGUUUACACACGCAUGUAUAAGUGCAACAUUUGCCCUUUUUCAAGUGCUAACAUCAGCUAUGUCUUUUUACACUCUCAGGAACAACAUUCUGAAGAGGAAAUGUCCUGUAAAAAGAUUCAUAAUUAUAGCCAUAAGUUAAACAUGCUGACAAAGAGGAAUUUUUGCUUGUCUCUGCAUGAUGUAUUUUUGGUUGACUCAGAAUCUUCUGAUCCAACUCUCCCUUGCUUGGAUGCAUCUUCUAAGAUAUGUUUCUGCAAGCACUGUUCAUACAGUGGGGACUGGUUUUCUUUAUUUGAGCAUUACCAAAGUAGUCACCUGUCCAAGAAAGAACCAAAGAGUCAAAAUGUCAACUACCUGCAGGGCAGAGGACAAUUAUCAUCCCUUUCAACCUCCAACAGUGAGCCACAAUUGGUAUUUGAGUGCCAGGUCUGUAAUUUUGCCUGCUCUUCAAGGCGAGUUAUUUGUAGACACCAUUGCAUCAAGCGCAGUAUUACUUAUGCUCAACUUGAAGACUCUGAAAUUAUUUUCAAAUGUGCUUUGUGCAUGUUCACUCAUAUAAUUCGGGAAGGACUCGUUAAUCAUUAUCUCGUGUUUCAUAAUAUUGAGCCUCCACAUAGAUAUUAUGGAAAAGGUCACGAUGAGCUUGGCUCUCUGAUAACCAGUAAUGAAGAGCUGAAAGCUAGUAUGGAAAAACAAAUAUGUAUAUUAUGCUCUUUUAAAGCUAUCACUCAAAAAAAACUUUUGUUCCAUUAUAAAAUACGACACUUCAAAUUUUAUUCUCAAAAUAAGUGCACAAUCGAGUGCAAAAAGACCAACUUAAAUAUAACUAAUUUUCAUCCAUUUGAUGAAAUAAAAACUUUAAGAGAGAAUGGAAGUGAAAAUGUUAAUGCUGUGAUGGACAGGAGAAUAUAUACAGAGAGUAAGAUAGAUGCAGAUAUCCCUUUAAAAUGUAGUAAUGCUGAGAAACUGGAAUUGAUCAGCUGCAAAGGAAGUGACUGCUUUGUGAAAGCAAUACCAAUCAGAGAUAAAUUGGGAAAUGAAAACUGCAUCCCAAAAAGAAAAUUGGACAAUUCAUUCCCUGUGACUGCAAACUCAAUGAAUAUGACAAGAUUUCAUCUCGGAAAGCACACAUUGAGCAGACGUGAGAGUGAGCACUUGGGUUGUAAUGUCGUGAUGCCAGAAGAGCAAAAUGUUGACAGCAGAGAUCUUUUCUGUGGAACUGUCGAUCCUUUGAACAAAGUGAAAUAUAAAGAGGCAGACAAAAAAUGUAUACUAGAAGCUGAGGAUCAGUGCCUUCGAGGAAAUCUGGUCCCAGAAAACAAAAUAUCAAGCUGCUAUCAUAGUGUGAAGAAAAAAUAUUCAAAGUUUGCAGUUAAUCAGAAUAUUGCAAUGGAAGGGUACCGUUGCAAGUAUUGUACACGACUUUUUAAAGCAUUGGCAGGACUGCGCAACCAUGAAAAGACUCACUAUUUGUCCAAAAAUUGUCACCGCUCUGCUAACAAGAGCAGUAAAAAAAACAAGUACAAUGUGAUAAAUGACAUCCUGACUGCUAGCUCAGAAGGCAGAAACUACAGAUGCCCAAGGUGUUCUUAUUCUACCCCACUGAUUGAACACCUAAGGUCCCAUUCACUAAAAGUGCAUGGGAGAUUUCUUAUGCCAAAACUGCGUUCUAUGACAUUGGACUCUCAAGAAACUGGAGGAUAUGUGUCCCAGCCAUUAAAUGAAAAUAUAUUUUUGGAGACUCCACGGAGUGAUUGCCAAGCCUGUAUCAUUAGCAGUGACUCAGCAACAGAAGUCAUGCCAAAGACUGCGGAGAUGAAGCGCUAUGCAUGUGAAUUUUGUGAUUUUAACACGUGCCGGUUCCAGAAUGUGAGGAAUCAUUAUCGUACAAUGCAUCCUGAGAAUCUAUAUUUUGAAUGUAAAAGAUGUUGUUUCUUCAGUGGGGAAAAAAAUACACUUUCUCGGAACACAGAAGUAUGCAAACUCGCUGCGGAUGAUAAAAAAAACUCUACAAGGAAGGUGGACGUUAAUAUUUUUGAAGGAAGUCUUGGAGAAAUGGGGAAUGAAAAUGAGAGUGAUGUUUGCUUAAAGAAAGAAUUUGCCUUGGCUUCAGUUGAGAAGAAAUCUGGAAAAUUGCAUUGUCCUUUGUGCCUGUACUACACAAAGCACAAAAACCGUUUGGUCAAUCACAUUCUGGAGCACAAAAAUGGCCAAGCACCAUAUGCGGAAGAUUGUCAACUGAAGCUUCUGCAAUUCUUUACUGAGAAGAUUUUCUGUUGUGAUUGGUGUACAUUUGUUACGCUUAGCGAGGAAAGCCUACUACAUCAUAUGGAUACGCACAGCCUGGUGAAGCCGUACAAGUGUCGACUCUGUUUCUUUGAAACUGGGCUACAGACAGAGUUGGAGAAUCAUCUACAGGAGCAGCACAAGGUAAAGUGCAACUUUGAUCUGGUUGGUGAGGUUAACCUAAGUGAAGCUGAAUUAGUUGCAGAAAUUGAAGAGUUCCAAAGGAAGAGACUCAAGAGUAGUCACCGUGAAAAAAGGAUUCAAAGUUGCAUAAGGCAUCACCAUUCAACUAAAUCGAUCCAAUUUCCUUGUGAAUAUUGUGGCCGAAGAUUCUUGGAUCCCUUGGAAUGGAUGAGCCAUGUUCAGAGACACUCUAUUUCUCAUGGUACAAUUCUGUAAAUAGAUUGGAAGAUGACAAGGAACUGAAAGAAAAUUAGAAAGAAUGUGAAUAAAGCAAGAAAACUUGAACAGAGAAAUCUCUUGGUAUUUUGACAGCACUGUCCUUGGAUCUUCAUUUAGUAUGGCAGCCAGUGAUGUGGAAUAAAUUCAAAAUUUAUUCUGUAUGUCGUUUCUGUUUUUUCUUGAACAUGGUUUUGAAGGAACAUGAUUUUAUUUAAUAAACUCAAUAUUCAUCAAAAUGCUGUAUAAAGGUUGCAAGAUUUUGUGCUGGAGUCAACAGCAAAUACUCAGCUGCAGUAUAGUGCAUUUUUCUAAGUAGUUAACUGUUGCCCAGAAUGUAUUUUACUUGUUGAGUUAAUUUUGAGCAGCGAAUAUUAAAGUAGUUACCAAGUGAAAAGAUACAUUCCUAUUAUGACAAUCUGUGUGGUUACAAAAUCAUUGAUAGUUUAAAAUAAGCCUAUUUGGUCUUUGAAUGAAUAGCUAGAAUAUUACUUACGUACAGUAUGUAUUUUUUAUCAAACAUCCAAAAUGAUCAAACAAGAUCCGGCAAUACUAUGCUUGUUAUUUUUGCAGAAAUCCAAAGAAUGUUGCUUUUGUCAUUGUGAGCAGACACUAGUUCACUUUCACAUCCCUUUAUAGCAAAAACGUUAAAAGACAUUACACAUUUAUGCAUUAGUUCAAAAGAGGUGAGAUUAUAAUUUGAAACUGAAUUACUAUUGGGGGAGAGAAUUUUUGUUGUUGAUCUCAUUGCUCUAUUUGUUAAUAUGAUUUGAUAGUUGGUGGACUUUAACUGCGGUAGGAAUUGUGCACUGAAAAGAUAAAGCAGCAGCAACCCAUGUUCACUCUUAACCCCACCUAUACAAUUGAUUGAACAUUUAUAUUUGGUGGUUAAAUCAUAUUGGAAUGUAAUUGAGUUAUUAUAAAAUGUGUUUUUCUCACAAUUGGUUGCAGUUCAAAUUUGCUUUAUUAUUAUGUGCAGACUUGAAUGGGUACAACAAGAUGGACGCAAGGAUUUGGGGGGGGGGGGGCGGCGAGGGCAGGAAUUGAUUUACUCUGCAAGAACUGAGGGCGAGUGAUAUCCUGAGAGAAUUGAUAUUGGUGUUGCUUAAAUAUUUGUAUCCCUUGAUUUUAAAUAAUUUUUGAUUUAAAUGUAUUUCUUGACAGUCCUCUGGGAGUUUUGUCAAAAAUGUGUUUAUUUUCUUAUGAUUAGAUAUAGUGGUUUUGCUGAAAAGUAUUUCCGUUCUUUAAAUUUUAGGAAUUGAUAUUGAAAAAUGUUAGUUGUUAAUAAAAUGUUUGUGUUCAAGUUCAUAAUUCUGUUGGCCAAUUCAUUUGAGUCUGAAGCAGUCGAAACCCGAAACAUCACCCAUGCCUUCUUUCCAGAGAUGCUGCCUGUCUCGUUGAGUUACUCCAGCGUUUAUGUCAAUCUUUGGUGUAAACCAGCAUCUGCAGUUCCUUCCUACACAAAUGGUAUAGUGGCAUGUUUGGUUUCCUUGCCUGAAAAUAAUUUUCCAGAGUGUUGUGUCAAUUCGUCAACAUAGUUCCUGGGAUGGCCACGUUGUAGAUCUGCAAUAGAAAAGAUUGAGUAGAUUCUCCGACGUUUCAAAGAAUUUUGUACAGUAAGGGAGAAUGUUUUCCCUUGCAGCCACAUUUGGAAUUAGCCAAGUUUGUCAUAUGUGCACAGAUGAUGAGUCAAAGGGCGUGGCCAUUUCAGACUGAGAUGAAGGAAAAUUGCUUCCCUGUAAGGAGAGUAAUCAACCUCCUGUACCUGUCUCAGCCCAGUUCUGGUGGGGGUGGGGGCUGAGAGCAAUGUAGCAUUGCACAUGCUCCAGGAGACCAGGAAACACACCUGACCUACUCCAGAUCUUGGAGUAGCACAGUGCCCGACAUAGCAAAAUAAUUCGAGUAUAGGAGCAGGGAGGUUCUGCUGCAGUUGUAUAGGGUCUUGGUGAGACCACACCUAAUAAUAAUAUAUUUUAUUGUCAUUGCACAUUAGUGCAACGAGAUUUAGUAUGCAGCUUCCAACCGAUGUAAAAGAAAAGUAAAAUAAAUAAAUAAGCUGUGUGACAUGACCAUCCAAGGGAGACAGUCCAUGGGGGAUGGGGGGCACUCAGCAUGGCCGGUUCAGAGCCGCUAUAGCUCUGGGAAUAAAGCUGUUUCUGAGUCUGGAGGUUCGGGCGUAGAAGGCCUUGUAACAUCUGCCGGAGGGAAGUAGUUCGAACAGUCCGUUACAAGGGUGUGAGGAGUCUUUAUGGAUGCUGAUGGCCUUCCUGAGACACCGUGUGUGGUAGAUGCCCUCCAAGGCUGGUAACUGUGUCCCAAUAAUCUUCUGCGCUCUGUGGACGACGCGCUGAAGAGCUCUCCUCUCCGCCUCCGUGCAGCUGAGAUGCCACACAGAGAUGCCAUACGUUAAUAUGCUCUCUGUGGUGCAGCGGUAGAACGGUUGUCAGCAGCUGUUGGGGCAGACCAGUCUUUUUUAAUGUCCUCAGGAAGAACAGUCGUUGCUGUUCCUUCUUGACCAGCGCAGCGGCGUUGGUGGACCAUGUGAGGUCCUCUGAAAUGUGAGUGCCCAGAAACUGUAUUUUGUUUCAUCACCGUUGGUGAUCAGCCCAAUCACUGUUGUGUUGUCUGCAAACUUCACAAUGGUGUUGGUGUCGAAUGCAGGAACACAGUCGUGAGUGAAGAGGGAGUAGAGCAUGGGGCUUUAGUACACAGCCCUGUGGUGUGCCGGUGCUCAGGGUGAUAGUGGAGGACAGGUGCGGGCUCAGUCUCACUGCCUGCGGUCGCUCAGUCAGAAAGUUCAGGAUCCAAUCGCAUAGCUGACGGAGUUUGGUGGUGAGACCGUAUUGAAUGCAGAGCUAUAGUCAAUGAAGAGCAUCCUCACGUACGUGCCCUGUCUGUCCAGCUGAGUCAUGACAGUGUGAAGAGCCAGAGAGAUGGCAUCCUCUGUUGAUCUAUUUGCCCUGUAUGCAAAUUGAUGAGGGUCCAGUGAGGCACGGAUGCUGGAUUUGAUGUGGGAGAGGAAUAGCCUUUCGAAGCAGUUCAUUGGGAUUGGAGUUGGGGCAACCGGGCGGUAGUCGUUCAGGUUGGUGACUUUAGACUUUUUCGGCACCGGCACUAUGGUGGCUGUUUUCAGGCACUUGGGGACCGUUGCCAGAGAUAGAUUAAAGAUUCUCACGAAUACCUCCGCCAGCUGUACAGCACAGUCCUUUAGUACCCUUCCCUGGACUCCAUCCGGGCCUGCAGCCUUGCAUGGAUUGAUCCUACGCAGAGCACACUGUACCUCCUGAGUGCUCAGUGUUAAGGCCUGUCCCUCCGCCAUGGCCGGGGUUAUUCCACUCCUGGUGGUUGCCAGUUUCAAAGCAGGCAAAGAAGGUGUUUAGUUCGUUGGCCAGUGUGAUAUCACUGUGGGGGCAGGCGGGGCUGCUCUUGUAGUCAGUGAUGUCCCUGACACAUGCUUCUGGUGUCCGCGGUAUUGAAGUGUUCUUCCACCCUUUGCCUGUGGAUGUCUUUGGCCUUUUUUAUGCCUUUGUUCAGGUUCGACCUGGCUGCACUGUAGGAAGAAGUAUCCCUGGAUUUGAAGGCAUUGUUGCGUGCCCUUAGCAGAUUCUGAACCUCCUUGUUCAUCCAGGGUUUCCGGUUUGGGAACAUCUUUAUUUGCUUGUCCACUGUGACAGUCUCCACACAGCAGUUGAUGUAGGAGAGCACAGUAGAUGUGUACUCCUCCAAGUCUACCUCUGUACCACUGGUUGCCUGUGUGCAAACAGGUCCCAGUCGGUGCGAUCAAAGCAGUCCUGGAGUUGUAGGGUGGCGUCCUCGGGCCACCUGGAGUAUUGCAUACAGUUUUGGUCUCCAAAUCUGAGGAAGGACAUUAUUGCCAUAGAGGGAGUGCAGAGAAGGUUCACCAGACUGAUUCCUGGGAUGUCAGGACUUUCUUAUGAAGAAAGACUGGAUAGACUCGGAUUGUACUCGCUAGAAUUUAGGAGAUUGAGGGGGGAUCUUAUAGAAACUUACAAAAUUCUUAAGGGAUUGGACAGGCUAGAUGCAGGAAGAUUGUUCCCGAUGUUGGGGAAGUCCAGGACAAGGGGGUCACAGCUUAAGAAUAGAGGGCAAAUCCUUUAGAACCAAGAUGAGAAAAACAUUUUUCACGCAGAGUUGUGAAUCUCUGGAACUCUCUGCCACAGAAGGUAGUUGAGGCCAGUUCAUUGGCUAUAUUUAAGAGGGAGUUAGAUGUGGCCCUUGUGGCUAGAGGGAUCAGGGGUAUGAAGAGAAGGCAGGUACGGGAUACUGAGUUGGAUGAUCAGCCAUGAUCAUAUUGAAUGGCUGGUGCAGGCUCGAAGGGCCGAAUAGCCUACUCCUGCACCUAUUUAUGUUUCUAUACUCCAGGAGGCCAACUUACCAACUUGGAUCAGUAAUUGUUAGAGCUUAAUAAUAAUAAUAAUAAUAAUAGAGAACAGGCCUGAUUGUCCCAGGGGAGAUUGGAAGCAAUACCCAAGCCCCAAAACAAUACAAGAGUUUGAAAAAACUGGGUAUGCUGGCACAGGACAAUUAGCAGCAACAGCAGCUUUGAACUUAAAAACCAUAAACUAUUAGUGUAAAAUAUCCACAUCAUGGAAAACACUGCAAUGCGUUGCCAUCUUAGAAUACCAAGCCAUGGCUGAUGUGAUAUUUAUGCAAGAAUGCAGCUAUCACAUUUCCAAUGAGCAGAAAUGGUCAGUGAUGGCCCCAUGACCCAUUAAUACGGUUGUGACGGCACAGGGUAGCAACUUUGCCAUCUCUUAAUUUGAAGAGGUAUUCAAUGGGUAUUUACUUAUAGAUGUAAUUCAAAGAAACACUCUGCUCUGCUUGAUCAAUGCAUACACUUCACCAGUGCAGAAUGAGUGGCUAGCUGUGUUCCAAUAGCCCCCAACACGGCUGGUGAAUUCCUGGACAAUUGAUCUGGCUGGUGAUUUUAAUUGAAUCAUUGACGUGACUGGACAAUAUUGGACUCCAGACUCUGAUGGUAACAGUUAAGAGAAACUGUUCCACCCUGCAGAUGGAGAACAGCAGCACCUUGUUGAGAGCAGAAGACUCAGCUAGCUCCAAAUAGACUUUCUCCAGGUCCAAGGCAGGCAGCCAGUCAUUGAUUUCACAGAAGUGUUGUUCUCUGACCAUCUCCUUGAAACAAAUUGUCACCUACAAUGAAGACUAGAGGGCAGGGAUGACAUGGGAAUGGUACAUCAAGCUGCAGAAAAAAUGUGAGAUGAAAAAUACAUACUUGAGAAUUGUGAAGCCCCCAUGGGCAAUUCAUGUGCGUCGAGGACCUUUAUCCAAACCGAUAUUCAGAUGCCAAAAGUGUCAAAUAUUUAUCAGCUCUAGAAACACUUUCAGAAUCUACUACUUUUACAGUCAAAGGAAGGUGGCGUGGGGGAGGAAACUAAGCUGACGAGCAUACACAACUCUAAGCAGGCAGCUCUGAUAGAAUCUCUGCUUCUAUGGAUGGUGGUAAUCAGUAUGAGGGGGUGGCUGGAGUCAUCAGGGUUCUGGCCAGUUGUUUUCUGAGCUCAACAGGUGCUAUCUUGAUUGUCAUUCAUUACAUUGGCUUUCAUCUACAUUCUGGAAUGGAAGGUAGUAAGCAGUACGCCACUAUUUAAGGAUGAGAGAAAACAAAGACAAAUGGAAAUGUUGGAAUCUUAAGAGGUAGCAAAGCAUUUUGAAAAUAACUAGUCAACAUAAACUUGUGAAAGGAUAAUGUUUCAAUAAUUUGUUUUUGAAGUGGUGUCUAUAAUAGAUUAGGACAAGCCAGGCAGUUGAUAAGGUGCCACAAGAUUAUGAGAGCUAAUAUGCUCAAGUGGAUUGAUUGAUAAUGGCUGUGACCAGUAGCAGUGAUUGUGAACAGCCCGGGCCACAGCAUCAAUGAUUGUUUAUAUCCAAAUUUGCUGAUGCUGCAAAGCUCAGUAAUUGAGUGAACUUCAGGAGGAUAGAGACAGGUCAAGUCAACAGAUAAGACAGUAGGUGGAAAGAUCAAAAAUGAUAAAUGCCCAAUGUAUUUUCUCAAUGGAAGCCUGGGCUCAACCUCUCCAAACAUAUUGCAAUAACCUUUAAAAGGUAACAACAUUGGGAUCCAGAUGGAAGAGGAUUAGAAAGUGUAAGCAAAG